GCUCGCCGCACGGUGCGAACACAAGUUUUGUCUCUUUUUCUGGACAAGGGUCUCCGAAAAUGAAUAUUUCUGUCGUGGCUGUAAUGGUUGUUUUCGUGGUCGAUGGAGCAGAAGCUUUACAAGAACCGCAGGCAUGCUACAUUUUGGAUGGGAUUCUGUUCCUCUACGGGAUCGUCCUGACUUUUCUCUACUGCCGACUUAAGUUCCAGUAUCGGAAGAAGAACAAGUAUCCAGCCCCUUCUGCCAUCUACGAGAAAGUGGAAGGCAUCUACACGGGUCUGGAGGUUCAGGAAGUACAACCAUACAGCACGCUGAAGGAUUCGAAAACGCCCCCCGAAGGUCUGCCUCCAAGGAAGACCCCCUCAGAAGAAUAAACACCUGUCUUCGUACGACUUCUGGAUCUACUUUCCCGGCCAAAUCUUGGCCAAAUCUGGUGUCAGGAGAGAAGCCAAAAACCAGAAGGACCUUUUGGGUAGCAAUUCUUUUCUUCUUCCAGAAAUAUGAAUUUUUGGCAACGCAAAAAGGGAGGCUCACAAUAGUGGGUGCCUGGGAAUCCUCUUGAAUUAUUAUUAUUAUUAUUAGGGCUAUUUUUGCUAGUCCUCGACUUACGGCUGCAGCAGACGACAGGCUCCCAUUCCAGUUAAAGUGAGUUGGUCUUGAUUUUAUGACCUUUUGGCCAUGAUGGUUAAGUGAAUCUGUCUAUCAUCUCUCCAUCCAUAUCUAUCUAUCUAUCUAUCUAUCUAUCUAUCUAUCUAUCU